UACCAGAGGGUUACGUGUUAUUCGGAAUCUCGCCCUGCAGGCCGUUUUUACGAGAGGGUUACGUUUAACCGAGAGGGUUACGUGUUAUUCGGAAUCUCGCCCUGCAGACGCGUAAAGCCUAUUCAGUGAGUUUGAGAUGCCCUUAUUAUACACGAUGGCACAUCACCGUCCUUCCUGGUAAAACAGUAAAAGCCGUAGUAUUUGAGUCCCGGUCUUUAAUUCCCUAACACCACCUAGACGAGCUGGGAAAAGUUCGCGGGAAAAAUUGACUAGAUCCCGAGACUUCUGGGAAGUGUAGUCCACAGUCAAAAGAAGGAAAUGGAGAAAGAUCCGCUAGUUUAGAUCCCUGGUGGGCAGAGACCUCUGGGCGUGCUGGCAGGAGUGCGCAGGCGCAGGCUUCGUGGCUCGCCAUCGUCGCCUUUGUCUGCUGGACAGCGGAGCGGAAGUUUGCUUGCCCUUCAAACCUCUAGUGAGUUCUGAGGCCUCAGCCUGACUUACGACUGCUGCUUUGAUUUCCAGAGAUAUCAGCGUCCUGAAGCACUUUCUCUUUGCAAGUUUAGAGUCUAUGCUUCAAACAGAAACUGUGGGUGGUUGAGAAGUUAAGUCUGCAGAGGCAGCCUCUGGUGUUUCUGCACAGACAAGGACACAGGAUGAAAGACUUGCAAGUUAAGUCCCAUCAUUCUCUAUAGAAAUAGACUAAAAAAAUUUUUAGAAGACCUAGGAUACAGAGUAUUUUCCUCUGGGUGCAGACAUUGCAUGUGGGGCUCAGCUGAAGAAAAGGUGAACUGUAAUUUCUCCACGUUCAUCAUUUACUUGUGCCAGUAAGAGCAACUGUAAGAAAGAACCAUUAACAUAAAGGCGGCGCUGUACUUCUGUCCCUUGUCACCCCAUCUCAGCCCACUCGUGUAAACAGUCUCUCGUUAUAUAUCCAGCUUCACUAGAUACUCAUCUAGUGCAUGUGGCAAAGCUUCCAUCCUAUCUCAGUAGACGCUAGGAGAAAACCCUUGUGCGUGACAGAAUGUUUGAAAGUCUUCAUCCCGAGUCAGAGCUUCUGCGUGAUGGACUCGAUCCUGGAGAGAAACUUUAUGAAUGUAAUGAAUGUAGAAAAACCUUUAGCCUGAAAGAAAGCUUUGUAGAGCAUAAGAAAAUGCACAGUGGAGAGAACUCGCAUGAAUGUACAGAAUGUGGCAAAGCGUUUUCUCGAGUCUCAUCACUUACUCUACAUAUGAGAAGUCACGCACGGAGGAAAUCACAUAAACGUGGAAAAGCCUUCAGCCAGAGAGGAAACCUCCUUUCUCCUCAGAAGCAACAUGCUGAAGAGAAGACUUCUGUUCAGACGCCAGCCCCCGUCAGAAAUCAGAGACGCGGGGGGAACAAACCAUUUGCGUGUAAGGAAUGUGGGAAAGCUUUUAAUGGCAAAGCAUAUCUCAAAGAGCAUGAGAAAAUUCAUACAGGAGAGAAGCCAUUUGAAUGCAGUCAGUGUGGAAGAGCCUUCAGCCAGAAGCAGUACCUCCUGAAGCAUCAGAACGUCCACAGCGGAAAGAAACCUUUUAAAUGUAACGAGUGCGGUAAGGCUUUUAGCCAGAAAGAGAACCUCAUUAUCCACCAGAGAAUCCACACCGGAGAGAAACCCUACGAAUGCAAAGGGUGUGGGAAGGCCUUCAUUCAGAAGUCAAGCCUCAUCAGACACCAGAGAAGUCACACUGGAGAGAAACCGUACACAUGUCAGGAGUGUGGGAAGGCCUUCAGUGGCAAAUCCAACCUCACCGAGCAUGAGAAAAUCCAUAUCGGAGAGAAGCCCUACAAAUGCAACGAAUGCGGGACGAUUUUCCGGCAGAAGCAGUAUCUCAUCAAACAUCACAACAUCCAUACAGGCGAGAAACCCUACGAAUGUAAUAAGUGUGGAAAAGCCUUUUCUCGGAUUACGUCACUCAUAGUGCACGUGAGAAUUCAUACAGGUGAUAAACCCUAUGAAUGUAAAAUCUGUGGGAAGGCCUUCUGUCAGAGCUCCUCUCUCACAGUGCAUAUGAGGAGCCAUACGGGCGAGAAGCCCUACGGCUGUAACGAGUGUGGGAAGGCCUUUUCUCAGUUCUCAACCCUUGCUUUGCACAUGAGAAUCCACACUGGUGAGAAGCCGUACCAGUGUAGUGAGUGUGGGAAGGCUUUCAGCCAGAAGUCACACCACAUCAGACACCAGAGAAUUCAUAUUCAUUAAAGCUCUACAAAUGCCUUAGAUUUAGGAACACUUGAGCAGAAUGUAUGGUUGGUAAUAUAUCAAAAGAUUUAUCUUACAUUAAAGCUACACAAAUAUAGGCAAUCCUUCUAUAGUGACUCAAAACUUAAAUGUAAAGAUAUUUAAUAAGAUGUAUCACAGUAUUAUAUACUUCACAGGCUCUCACAAUAAAAGUUAUUAGUAUAAUAUUUUUUGUUUUUUUUUUCUCUGUAGCUUUGGAGCCUGUCCUGGAACUCACUCUGUAGACCAGGCUGGCCUUGAACUCAGAGAUCCAUCUGUUUCCCAGGUGCUGGGAUUCAAGUUGUGCACCACCACAACCCAGCUCAGUACUAUAAUAUACACCCUUCUCAUUGAACUUAGAGUCCAGUGACUCCAAGUACUACAGUCUCAGAAAGUUUAUCAAAUGUAUUAAGAUAAUAUGAACAAUACAAGUUUUGAAAUUAAGAGGUAAAAAUAUUUUUGACAUAUGCUUUUCUAUAUGGGUCAUUUGUAAAAACCACUUUUCAAAGAAGGCAUUUUGGGACAGGGUCUCCCUGUGUAGAUAGCCCAGGGCGACCUUAAACUCACAACAUAGCCCAAGUUGGCCUCAAGUUUCUGGUGAUUUGGUUACUCAGCCUCCCAGUGCUGCAAUUACAGAUAUCCCUCACCAUGCCAACUCACAAGUCUUUGUUGAUAGAAGUGUAUAAAGUUGAGGCCAUGACAGAAUAUUGAAUCUAGAAGUAUGAAUGAAUUCAUGGAGGAUUGGUAUUUGAUUCUGGCAGUAUCCCAGAUCAGUACAAAAAUCAUGGAUGACUUAAAAAAUAAUCUCAGGAUAAUCAGCUUUUGUGUGGGAAAAUAAUCGAUCUCUGAAGUCCUCAUUUAUUAAAGUACUUCAUAGGAUCCAGUGUCUUUGCAGAAAGGAAGACCUUGUUUAAGAACUUCCUAAGUGGAUGGUUUCUGAUACUUGAGUAGGAAAGAAAUUCUAGAAUCUUCAGGUGUUGUUCUUGAGCAUUUAUACUUAUUCUCAAGACACUGAUGCUCAACGUAGGGAACUGUGCACCAGUCUGUUCAUCCAGAAACCGAUGCUCACGUAGGGAGCUGUGCACCAGUCAGUCUGCUCAUUACAGCAUGAGUUACAGUAGCAAAAAUCAGGCACAGGUAUUUGUUGCUUAUGAAGUAGAUGAAUAAAAUGUAACAGUCAUACAGUAGAAUAUUCCAGCAGCUAGGCACAACUGCUUAAAUUUAUGUAUUAACAGCAAAAGAAAAAAAUCAGCAUGAAGAAAAUUGAAUUGAUAGAUAUAUUGUGAUGAUUCCUGUGUAAAUUUGAAUAAAACCAACUUGUCAACACUGGUACUAAGCAUUGCCUAUGGAAACACUUUUCUCUAAAACUAGAAUUGGGAGAAUAUGUAUCCAGUUCCCCAAAAGUGGCCAUUGCUGUUACUAAUGGAGUUCUGUAGAAGUGAAAUGUGACAAAGCAGGGUGAUUAUAUGCUAUUCCAGGUUUAUAUCUAAAUAUCUACUUUUCAUUAAAAAUAAAGGUUCCGAAUAAAUGUAACAAAUUGAUAGUUCUACAUUGUGGCAACAUAUAUUCUGUGCUAUUUUUCUUAAAAAGAUAGCUAUGAAUGAGAUACAUAUUACAAGAGUCCCCAUGGUAUGUGUGGGAUACAUUCUACGGUACCUGGUGGACACCUGAAGUAUAAUAUUAACUGUUAGCUUUUCCUAUGUACAUAUGUGCUGGUGGUGAAGUUUAUUAGUACCACAGAAGUCUAACAGCAACUUUUACACAGCAUUGUAACUGCAGCUUCUGAAUUUCCCCCCUUAUUGAGAACAUUCCUGUCUUCACGGAAGCACAACUUCACUUGCGCAUCAAUGUUCUUGGGCCUUGGAGCCAUUGCUGAGUGAAGAAAGUGUUCUGUGUAUUUUCUGUCCACUGAUUGGACCCAGACGAAUAAAAUUUGGAGAAGUCC